UUGGGGAAAGAGCUGUCCGCACCGAGCUGGCGGUAGCCCCGCACUUAGCCGCCCUCACCCCCGCUAUCCAUUUCCCCAACCUAGGAUAACUCCUCCUCGCCGCCGCCGACCGCAGAGGAUCAAGGUAAAGUACCCCCACCCCCUUGGAGCUAAGAGCGGCUUGUCGGGAGUCGGGACGGCGCCUCGUCCAGCCUGGGCAGCUUCAGUCUCCAACCCACCCCCCACCCCAACCCUCCCCCGUCGUCAGUGUGUCAGCUAUCGCUAGCAGCAUUAGCUCCGUCGCCUCGGUUUUUACAUCUGGCAUGAUGGGUGACCGUCCGAACCCGCCCAGCAGGGCUAUGUCCUCGGCAGCCACCGCGCCUCCGUCCGUGGACAAAGUGGACGGAUUCUCCCGGAAGUCUGUCAGGAAGGCCAAGCAGAAGCGCUCCCAGAGCUCGUCCCAGUUCCGCUCGCAAGGCAAACCCAUCGAGCUCACGCCUUUGCCGCUACUCAAGGACGUUCCGGCCCCGGAGCAGCCGGAGCUCUUCCUGAAGAAGUUGCAGCAGUGCUGCACAGUCUUCGACUUCAUGGACACGCUGUCGGACCUGAAGAUGAAGGAGUACAAGCGCUCCACGCUCAACGAGCUGGUGGACUACGUGACCGUCAGCCGCGGCUACCUGACCGAGCAGGCCUACCCCGAGGUGGUCAAGAUGGUGUCUCACAACAUAUUCCGGACCCUUCCGCCCAGUGACAGUAACGAGUUUGACCCCGAAGAGGACGAACCCACGCUCGAGGCGUCCUGGCCUCACUUACAGCUGGUCUACGAGUUCUUCAUCCGCUUCUUGGAGAGUCAGGAGUUCCAGCCCAGCAUUGCCAAAAAGUACAUAGACCAGAAGUUUGUCCUCCAGCUCCUAGAGCUGUUCGAUAGUGAGGACCCUCGGGAGCGAGACUACCUGAAGACGGUUCUGCAUAGAAUCUACGGCAAAUUCCUGGGACUGAGGGCUUUUAUACGAAAACAGAUCAAUAAUAUUUUUCUACGUUUUGUUUAUGAGACGGAGCACUUCAACGGGGUGGCGGAGUUGCUGGAGAUCCUUGGCAGCAUCAUCAACGGUUUUGCGCUGCCGCUCAAGGCGGAGCACAAACAGUUUCUGGUCAAAGUCUUGAUCCCGCUCCACACGGUCCGCAGUCUGUCGCUCUUCCACGCACAGUUGGCGUAUUGCAUUGUACAGUUCCUCGAGAAAGACCCCACAUUAACAGAGCCCGUCAUCAGAGGAUUAUUGAAGUUCUGGCCCAAAACGUGCAGUCAAAAAGAGGUGAUGUUUCUGGGCGAGCUGGAGGAGAUCCUGGACGUGAUCGAGCCCACGCAGUUCGUCAAGAUCCAGGAGCCGCUUUUCAAACAGAUUUCCAGAUGCGUGUCCAGCCCGCACUUCCAGGUCAGACCCGUCGUCGGCGAUGCGCAAUCACGUGGUGACGCUCGCAGCGGUGACCGUUGGCGCCGGUGUUUGCGAGCGCAGGUGGCGGAGCGAGCGCUCUAUUACUGGAACAACGAGUACAUCAUGAGCCUCAUCGAGGAGAAUUCCAGUGUCAUCCUGCCCAUCAUGUUUGCCAGCCUCUACCGCAUCUCCAAAGAACACUGGAACUCGGCCAUCGUGGCGCUGGUCUACAACGUGCUGAAGGCCUUCAUGGAGAUGAACAGUACUUUAUUCGACGAGCUCACCGCCACUUACAAGUCGGACCGUCAGCGGGAGAAAAAGAAGGAGAAGGAGCGCGAGGAGCUGUGGAAGAAGCUGGAGGACUUGGAGCUGAAGCGAGGCCUAAGGAGCGACGGCAUCAUUCCCACUUAGCACCCGACUAGCCAGCCACCUUCAUAUCAGCCAUGUGUCCCCCCCCCACCCCCCACCCCUCGGGCAGAAAAGUCCGGCAGCGUCUGCUAUUUGGAUCGGGAGCGCCGCUGGUCUCUUAAAUGUUUUUGGGUUUUUUUGUUUUUUUUUCUCCUUAUGUUUAUUUUUUCUUUCUUGUGUUUGUGCGAUUACUUUACAAUAGAUUCAUCACGUCUGUUUUCAUGCUUUCGACACUGUAAAUAAUUAUUUUUUUUCUUUUCCCCUUCAACUGAUAUAAUUGCAAACGGACGGGAAAAAAAAACUAAAGAUAAGAAUAAAAAAGAAAAAAAGAGAAAAUGAGUUGUGUGG